CUUCAUCACGACUUCAAGCUCCUUCUCACGACUUACCGCCGAUUUUCCUUGUCAACUCUCUCGAUUUCCUUGUUUCCUAUCCAGCACGACUAGCAAACAGCAGCACACCUUAGGCCGGUCCUCGUGGCAGUUGAUCUGUCUCACAUCUCCAACCCCAAAUCAGCUAUCCUCACGCUACUCGGCGUGAAGCAACCCGUUGCCCAACAUUUCCGCCAAUACUUCUUUCCUGCCGCCCCCGACAGCACCGUUUCCCAAACCACGGUUUCCCCUGCGCACGGCGAGCAAAGAACGACCUGCACUUGAGCUCAUCACCGACUUCGACUCGGCUGAGCCCUUGAAAAUGCGGUUCCAAGCCCCCCAACUAGGCGCCAUGGGCGUUACCUUCAGCAUCAUGAGGGCAUGCCAGUUCGCCUCGUUGAUUGCUGUUAUUGGGCUCUGUGCCAACUUCAUCAAUGGGAUCACCACUGCUGAGCACGACCCUCCAGCCGAGCUCAUCGGCACUCUGACAGUAGCGGUGACUUCGGUGGUCUACGUCGUCAUCACUUACAUCCUGUAUUACGAUAGCAUGCUCCCGCUGCUCUUUACCGGCAUUUUCGACGGUCUACUGCUCAUCGCAUCCAUCGUGGUGGCUUCGCUACUCGGGAAGCCCCUUUCUAAGCUCAACUGCGCUGCGCUCCCCACCUCAACUGGUCUCGCUGGCACAACCACGGCUUUUAUCUCCACCGCUGGCGUCCCCAUCCGGGCCACCAUCAUCACUCAGACAGUUUCUUAUCCCUCGUUCGUCACGCUCGACCGGACAACGUGUUACGAGAUCAAGGCCGUCUGGGGCUUGUCCAUCGCCCACUGCGUGCUCUUUUCCUUCUCCGCGCUUGUCUGCGUCGGCCUGUGGCACCGUCUCCGCAGUGAAGCGGCGACCAACACUGAGCCAAAGGACAUUGAGGGCUAGGGACGCGCGGGCGCCACGGGAGGGAAGCAGAAGACAAAA